GAUAUCAAUGCGAGAGAAGAAUUUCUGGAGAGUGUGAAAUCAAUCAAAAAGACUAUUGGCGAAACUAUGGAGCUGUUGGAGAAGGCUCGAGACAAAGUGGCGUCCAUUUUCUCAUUGAAACAGGGAAACGCGCCUAAACGGAAGUCGCAAAUGCGACAACAGAACCGCCACAAGAGCGAAAAAAGGAUAAGACUGCGCUACAAAGAAAAUGAGGAGGCAAUUCAACGAAAGAUUCUCCAGAUCCAGGAAGACACUGAACUUACCUUGGAUAAAGACUUCGUUAUCGACCACGACAUCCUUAUCACUGAUGCAAUUGCUACACUAAAGGUACACGAAAUGUGCUACUUGUCUUCCAUUUCAAACAACAUCCCAUCGUCCACUCAAGCUGUCCAAACAAUCAGAGCCAGCCUUUCAGAACCUUGCUUCCGGAAGUUGGUCUGGAUUGAUGCGUCGGUGCCAUGCGAAACAAACCCGUGGAGAUAAACAUGUAACAAUCCAAAACAAAUCUGCUGUGUCACUAGAACAAGAAGAAGAUGUAAAAAGUGAGAAAGAUCAAGAUGAGAUGGAAGAAGUGGAUGAGGUAGAAGAAGAUGACAACAGUUCCUCCUUUAAAUUUUAG